UGAUUUGAAUUAAAGAGGCGAGAAGAAAGGUGCAGAGGGUAGUAGUUUACAUGGAAUGAGUAGAAGAGGAGAGUGAGUGAGCAAAGGAGGGAGAAAAUGAGCACCGUUGAUAAAAUGCUGAUCAAGGGCAUCCGGAGUUUCGACCCGGAGAACAAGAACGUCAUCACCUUCUUCAAACCCUUAACCCUAAUCGUUGGUCCCAACGGUGCCGGCAAGACCACCAUCAUCGAGUGUUUGAAGCUUUCUUGCACCGGCGAGUUGCCUCCUAACGCCAGGUCUGGCCACAGUUUCAUCCACGACCCCAAGAUACACCAAGGCAUUGGAAGUUAUAAAGAAACUUCACAAGGAGCAGGCUCAAGAGAUAAAGACUUACAAGCUCAAACUGGAACAUCUUCAAACUCUCAAAGAUGCUGCCUAUAAGACCAAGUUUGAUGAAAGGAUUGCAUUUUUAGAAGCAAAGAUAAGAAAGUUGAAAAGAGAAUCGGAUGAUGCUACUGAGAAAG